CAGGUGUAUAGGUGUAGGCGGGAUGAAGCACGCAAGACAACUUCACAGAUAUCUAGGAAGAGUGUGUAAAUUUAUCUACGACAGGUAGAGGUGUACGUAAAUAGAGAGGCAGAAAGUGUGUAGACGCAGAUUUGUUGAUGUGACUCUCUUGUUUUUCCAAGCUGGCUAGACACCUUCUCCGUCUCCCAGUGGCCUGUGUAGAGAUUUUCCGGUCUAGUCUCCAAGCUGCUGUCUGGCAGGUGCCGAAGAAGCUGGUCUUCUCUGCAUGUCUUCGUUUUCUUACACGCGAACUUCUCUCGCGCCUCGACGUUCCUGCUGGGUGUUCGUGCUCCUCUCUCCUCUGUCUCCUGGCCCUUCCUCUCGGUCUUUUACUCCUAUCUCUUUCUGCUCGCCUUCUUUUCUGUUUUCUCUUAUUUUCCUUUCGUCUGUUGUUCCCUUUCUUUCCUCUCGCUUCCUCGAAAAUGGAUUCCUCUUCUGGAACACCCGGCGUGCGGCGGAAAAUCCCCGAGAUGAGCGCCGUUGUCCGCGAUGACAAUCCUUACUCGAGGCUCAUGGCUCUACAAAGAAUGGGGGUGGUUGAUAACUACCGAGCAAUCAGACACAAGUGCGUUCUGGUCGUCGGCGUCGGUGGCGUAGGCAGCGUGGCGAGCGACAUGCUUGCUCGCUGCGGUGUCGGAAAAUUAAUUCUGUUCGACUACGACAAAGUGGAGCUUGCAAAUAUGAAUCGCCUUUUUUUCACUCCCAAACAGUGUGGCCAAAGCAAAGUCGAGGCUGCGCGAGCGACGCUGUUGGAGAUCAAUCCCGACGUGACUAUCGAGGCACACAACUGCAACAUUUGCUCUGAAUUCGACCUUUUCUUUGACCGGAUCGUGAACGGCGGCCUUCCGCUGGCUUCGCUCUCGGAGACAGCAGGCUCGAGGGGGAGACACCCGCCUGUCUCUCCUUCUCUCGAGCAAAAAGAGGGGAAGUGUCCAGUCGACUUGGUUCUCAGCUGCGUCGACAAUUUCGCAGCAAGAAUCACCAUCAGUCAGGCCUGUAAUGAGGCAGGCGUGCUUUGGAUGAACAGCGGCGUAAGCGAGAGCGCGACAAGCGGUCAAAUCCAGACCUGCAUCCCUGGGCUCCUCGCAUGCUUCCAGUGUGCUCCUCCCUACGUCGUGGCAACGAGUGGAGAUGAAAAGGCGAUCAGGCGCGAGGGCGUUUGUGCAGCUUCUCUCCCAACAACAAUGGGCAUUGUUGCAGAGGCGAUAUCUCUCUGUCUUUCCUCUGCAGAGUUUUCAAGCGUCUUCUCGUCCAGAACGCUCUCAAGUAUCUUCUCUGUUUCGGGCAAACGACUCCGUUUCUCGCAUACAAUUCACUCGAUGACUUUUUCCCCUCUUUCACAAUGCAGCCAAAUCCUCAGUGCGCUGAUGCAUGGUGCAGAAAAAGACAGUAUUUGUGCCUACAGGUUAUCUGGAUCUCUGUGUGCCGCAGCGAAGUAAGGGGAAGCUGUGGGAGAGCUGUUUACAAUCGUGAACGUUCUCAUUCAGUAUGUGAGAUUUUAAUUGUAAUUCCUGUGGCUUUUUUAAGCGUAUCUCCAUUUUGUCGAACCCGAGUGGAGCGCGAUCCACGUUACCUUCUGUCUCUCACUUUUUUUGUUGGGUCGCAAGGUGCGCGAGGGAUAGCAGGUCGGUUAAUGUGAAGAGUGCGAAUCCUCGGACUGUGUCAGCG